AUGUCAAAGAAAUUAUUUUUUAUAUUAUUAUUAUUGCUAAUCUCUACUUUAGUAGUUUUAGGAAAUGAAGAGGUGGUCGAUGUAGCUGAGACAGUCGAAGAGGUUGAGAAUGAUGAUGGUGUAAUUUGCCCACCUGUUGAUGAAUGCUAUGCAGUCAUAACAGAUUGUUCAAUUUAUGAUAUACCUUUUAAUCCUCGAGGUUGUUGUCCAAAGUGCGACUGUCGAACUAUUAAGUGUGGAAGAGUUAAUGAAACAGAGUGUCUAUUGAAUGGAGGUGUCUUCAAAAGAGCAUAUUCAAAUAGAUGCUGUGAUAAGUGUGAAAGUAUUUGUGAUAGAGUGUUUUGUGCACCUGUUAUCAAUUGCAAUGGUAUCAUUAUUAAAGCAGAUCCAAUUAAUGGUAGAUGUUGUGAUAGAUGUUUAGUAUUAACAAGCACAAGUGGAGUGACUACUGGUAGUAGCAAUCCAAAUGCUCAGUGUGAGAAUUCAUUUUGUAUUCCUGUUAAUAGCAACAAUUGCAAAGGUAAAAUAAUUCCAAAGAAAAUUGAAGAUGGAAUCUGCUGUGAUUCCUGUCAAAACUACUGUGACUAUGUGCAAUGUUCACCUGUAAACAAAACUAUUUGUAUAGCUAGAGGUGGACAGAUUGUUGAUAAAGAUAUUACAGCCGGUCGUUGUUGUGAAUAUUGUAAGACCGUUACCUCUUCUUCCACCAGUUCAUCGUCAUCGUCAACAUCGUCGUCAUCAUCAUCAUCCAGCACAACUACCGGUGCUACUACAUUGUCUUGCACUAUACCAUGUCCCUACGUUGAUGAAUGGGUAUGCAGAGCACAAGGCAAAGUAUUAGUACCAGCCAAUCCACCCACUCGUUGCUGUCCAACCUGUGAAUAUUCUUCGACCACAUUCGUAACAACCUAUGGUUGGUGUGUAGGUCAAAUCUGUCCAAUAGUUAAUCCACAUAUUUGUUAUGCAUCUGGUGGAUAUUAUUACGGACCGGAUUUCAGUAUUGGCAAAUGCUGUCCAUCCUGUGAGAGCAAACCACCCCCAACGUCAUCAUCUAUAUCGUCGAUCACAACCACCGGUUAUCCUAAUGUGUGUGAUAGUGUCAAGUGCAAAUCUCUAUCACCAGCUCAAUGCUUAUCACAAGGCCAAACCUUCCUCCCUGCCUAUCCACCCUAUCGUUGUUGUGAUUCAUGCAAUCCUAUUUUCGUUGUUGACGGUUUAUACAAAUAA